UCCUUCCUCGCACUCUCGCCACCGUCCGCCACCCAGAUGAGGCCAGACAGAUGCGAGACCCUUUCUGCCUCACCUGCAAGUCUGCAACUGCCUAUAUAGCCAUCGCAGCCACCAAGCUAGCCAUCCCCCGGCCGAGGAAACGCAACGCAAGCGCACACGGAUUCAUAUACCUCUCUGUUUGGGGGGAGCGGCGGACGAAUCGGGUGGGAGCGGAGGAUGGCGGCAGCAGCAGGAGCCGGGAGGCCGUCGAUAACCGCGCUGCCGACACCGCCGGCUCCAUUACCCUCCAGCAAGCUUGUUACCGCCUGCUUCUUCGCCCUGCUCCUCCCCAUCCUCCUCACAGGGGAGGUGGCGGUGGCCGAGGCUCUGUCGAUCGGGGUCAACUACGGGCAGAUCGCCAACAACCUCCCGUCGCCGGCGCGGGUGUCGUGGCUGCUCCGUUCGAUGCGCAUCAGCAAGGUGAAGCUCUACGACGCGGACCCCAACGUCCUGCGCGCGUUCCUGGGCACGGGCGUCGACUUCGUGGUGGGCAUCGGCAACGAGGCCGUCCCGGCGAUGGUGAGCCCCGCGGCUGCGCAGGCGUGGCUGCAGCAGCACCUGGUGCCGCACCUCCGCGCCGGCGCGCGCGUCACCUGCGUCACCGUGGGCAACGAGGUGUUCAAGGGCAACGACACGGCGCUCCAGGCGGCGGUGCUCCCCGCCAUGGAGUCCGUGCACCGCGCCCUGGGCGCGCUGGGCCUGCAGGGCCGCGUCAACGUCACCACGGCGCACUCGCUGGACAUCAUGGGCGUCUCCUUCCCGCCGUCGGCGGGGGCGUUCAGCCCGGCGGCGCUGCCGCACCUGCGGCCGUUCCUGGGCUUCCUCUCCGCGACGCGCGCGCCGUUCCUCAUCAACUGCUACCCCUACUUCGCCUACAGGGACGACCCGGCGCGGGUGCCGCUGGAGUACGCGCUGCUCCAGCCCAACGCCGCCGGCGUCGCCGACCCGCACACGGGCCUCCGCUACGACAACAUGCUGUACGCGCAGGUGGACGCCGUGUACGCGGCCAUCCAGGCGCUGGGCCACACGGACGUCGAGGUGGUGGUCUCCGAGACCGGGUGGCCGUCGCGGGGCGACCCCGACGAGCCCGGCGCCACGCCCGAGAACGCCGGCACCUACGUCCGCAACCUCCUGCAGCGGAUCGAGGCGGGGCAGGGCACGCCGCUGCGCCCCGCCGCGCCCGUCGGCGUCUUCGUCUUCGCGCUCUUCAACGAGAACCUCAAGCCCGGCCCGGCGUCGGAGCGCAACUACGGCCUCUUCUACCCCGACGGCACGCCCGUCUACAACGCCGGCGUGCACGGUUACCUCCCGCCGAUGUUCGCCGUCUCCAACGCGGCGCGACAGGUGAUUCAAUUGUUUACGCUGGUGGCCGUCGCGUCCGUCGCCUUCGUCUUAUCCUGACAGCAUGAGCUACCGACGACGGAGUACUAACAACUACAGACAGGGAAUGUGAGCUGAGCAUCUCGUGCUGACAGGGUUGGUUUCCUGUUGCAACUCGCGAGGGGCUUACUGAGUGGUCUGGUCAUCUACACCUUGGUGUACUCUGGAUUUAUGAUGGCGUUCAGGAGCCCCCUUCCUUAUUGGACUCAUACUGACAUUAGGUUAGAGCUGACUGAAAAAUGUGCAUGAUAGACUCAUCAGAGCUUAUCUUUUGAGCCAGAAAGGUAGGAACAGUAGCAACAGCUGCAUUGACUGCUACUAUGUAUUGGCAGAUAAUUGAUAUCGAUUCAAUACCAUGCAAUACUAUUCUUUUCCAGCUUGGUAGA